ACAAGUCAGCGGAUCGCUUCUAAAUGUGACUUAGAUCGCGGGCAGACAGCGCCCGGCUUCAAACAGAGCCUAGACGGGCUGCCAGUUACCGAAAUCGACAUCUUGCGAGAACCCGUGACUGACUGCGACCGAUUUAAGGAGCAGUGAUCACGUUUAGAGCUACAGGGUGACUGUUAAGCGUCGCUGGGAUGUACACGGCAAACGAUUUCCAAUGGCGUCCGCGGAAUGCUAUCACCCUCUGGAAGUGAGCGACAGCGACCUCGAGCUCACCGACUAUGGCUGCCGGUCCCAGCGGACGGCCAACGGGGCCGUAGGCGCGCCCUGCGCCCGCAACCUUUCAGCACCAAGGACAGAUCCACGGCCCAACGGGAACCAAGAGCAGGAGACCUCCUUCACCUUCCGCGCUGACCAGCUCUCGCCCGCUAACAGGUGCCCGGGCAGGCCUGAGGCGGUGCCCAGCCAGUGCAGCCGGGACAGAGCCCAGGAGACAUCGCCUCACUCUGAGGAGGGGCCCGAAGCCGAGGCGAAUGGACAGUCUGUUGACUAUGGCUUCAUGGUGGCGCUGGUUUUCCUGGUGGCCGGCAUCACCCUGGUGGUUAUCGCCUACGCGAUUCCGAGAGAGUCCCGAGUGGAUCCGGACACGGUCACAGCUCGGGAGAUGGAGAGGCUGGAGUUACAUUACGCCCUUUUGGGCUCUCACUUGGACAAAUGUAUCAUCGCUGGCCUGGGUCUCCUCACUCUGGGAGGCAUGCUCCUCUCCCUGCUACUCAUGGUUUCCAUCUGUAAAGGCGACCUGUAUGGACGGAGGAGCUUCAUAGUGACUGGCAGGUCCAGGAAGACCUACGGGUCCAUCAACCUGAGACUGAAGCCAUUGGACAGCGAAGGUCAUCAAUCAUUGGUGGAGUCCGAGGUAGUCCAGGUGUCUGAGAAUCUUAGCUAAACUGGAUCCUAAAGGAACAUGUAGUUCACCCAUCCCCAACCAUCUUCUCCCUUAGUCCCUUCACAACUACAUGGCCUCCCUGAUUGAGAGAGUAUUUAAAUGCAUGUAUUUAUUAUACAUUUUAUGUAUGAUGCAAAACAACAUAACUCACUCGGGUCUUUCCCAGCAAAGCUCCAACAUUCACCAAAUGAUGAAUAUCAUCACCAGUCCAAUGGAUUCAGUCCUCCACGAGGGAGAGCAUUCACGCAAUCUCUUGGCAAGGGAGUGGGAGGGGAGCCGGUGUUUGGCUGAGAACAAUCCUUGCAGACUGGAGUGGUUCUGUGCAGACCUCAGUGUGCCUACUGCAAAAAAAAAAAGUCACCUACCAGGCCCCAGACAUAUUCAUACAAUUGUUAGCACACUAGAGGCUGUCAAGUCUAUGGAGACCAGACCAGCAAUUUUGUACAGGAUAGUUACCAAAAGGAUUUGAUCCUGCACUGGUUUAAACCCAUACAGAUUAAUCACAGACCCUCAGGUCAAAGGCAGGUUGCAGCUCAUACCCUAACCCUAAUUUUGAUCACAGAAAUAUAAACACAUAUGUUUCUGUAGUGCCUCUCAUGACUUUAGGUUGUCUCCCAGAUUUUUACAAAUAAAACAAUCCCUGAACUGUCUCUAACUAUUACAGCAUUAAGGAGAUCUGUACAUAAUGUGAGCUCCCAUAGACAAUGAAGCGAUCAUGACUUCUGCUUACCCAUGGGUUAGACAUUGUCCAAGUUACCAGGAAUCACUCCCUUAUCAUUCAUGAGACUAACAGCAUAGAACAUAGAACCGUACAGACUUCUAGUUCAUGAUGUCAUUCCAACCCUUUAACCUUCUCUAAGAUCAAUCUAACCCUUCCUUCCCACGUAGCCCUCCAUUUCACUUUCUUCCAUGUGCCCAUCUAAGAGUCUCUUUGAAGGUCCUUAACGUAUCUGCCUGCACCACCACCCCCGACAGCACCCACCACUCUCUGUGUGGCUGCCACGGGAGUGUAGCAGUUAGCGUGACACUAUUACAGCUUGGUGCGGGGGGGGCGGUUAGAGUUCAGAGUUCAGUUCUGUCAACAUCUGUAAGAAGUUUGUACAUCUUCCCUGUGAGCCCAUGGGUUUCCUCCGGCUGCUUUGUUUAGUCUCACAGUCAAAAGAUUUACCAGUUGGUAGGUUAAUUGGUCUUUGUAACUUGCCCUGUGAUUAGGCUAGGGUUAAGAGGUGGGUUUCUGGCUGACACGAUUCA